GGCCCGGCGGAAGGGGCGGGGCGGCCGUUGCCACAGAAGCCACUCGCCGGUUCCUAGCUCCGCUUUUGUUUUACUCGCACCUUGCCGGGCACUUUUCCACCGCAAGCAGUUCUAGGAUUUCGCCCGCUCCCCUCGUCGCGUCCCUUGCCUUCCACCUGGUCGUCCACCCGCCACACUGCCCCCUGCAUCCCGCUCCUUCCUAGCUGACGCAGGGCUAGAGGCCAUAGCUUUCAGCUUAUGUGGAGAAGUUGUUGUGGAAGUCACCUAUAAAUCCAGUUACUGAAUUUAUGGAGAAACCUGCAAAUGAUGGAAGUCAUUCAGAAGAACUAUUUUCCCAUCUUAAAAAUAGAUCAGAGAAAGAUUUACCACGUCAUGCCAGUGAAAGUCAUCUCAGCUGUAUGAAGAAGGACAUCGUAAGUGAAAAGACUGAAUUGGAAGCAACGCUUAAGGAAGCUGAGUUGGCAGCCUGUUCUGUGGAACUACUUUUGCCAUUAUUUAAGGAUGCUAUUGAAAAGAUUAGUUUUGAAAAUGCUAAUCUUUCUGCAUCCAAUUUGAAGAAGAUUUCUGAACAAAAGGAAAUAUUAACAAAAGAAUUAGACACUUUUAAACGUGUGAAACUAGCUUUAGAACAUCUUAGAAAGACAGACUACAAACAAACAGGAGACAAUUUACCUAGCAUGUUGUUAGAAAAUCUAACUGAUAAUGCAAGUGAAAAUACUAAUCUUAAGAAGAAGGUGCUUGAAAAGGAGACCUACAUUCAGGAACUUUCUUGUUUGUUUCAGAAUGAAAAGGCAAAUGCUUUGAAAGCAAACCGUUUCUCUCAAUCAGUAAAAGUAGUACAUGAACGACUACAGCUCCAAAUUCAUAAAAAGGAGGCAGAGAAUGAUAAGUUAAAAGAGUACAUAAAGAGUUUAGAAACCAAGAUAGCCAAAUGGAACUUGCAAUUGAAAACGAAUAAGCAUGAGGCUGUAGUGAUGAAAGAAGCAAGUAGGAAAAAAGCUAUAGCUCUAAAAAAGGCAUCUAAAAUUUACAAACAAAGGCUCGAACAUUUUACAGGAGAUAUUGAAAACCUUAUUUCCCAAAUUAGAGAUCAGGAAGCCAAGUUGUCUGAAACAAUUUCAGCUUCUGAUGCCUGGAAAAGUCAUUAUGAGAAAAUUGUAAUAGAAAAAACUGAAUUGGAAGUUCAGAUUGAAACAAUGAAAAAGCAAAUCAAUAAUCUUUUGGGAGACCUGAAGAAAAUGGAAGACCAUGGAAAAAAUUCAUGUGAAGAAAUUCUUAGAAAACUUCACUCGAUUGAAUAUGAAAAUGAAACUCUGAAUCUUGAGAAUACAAAAUUAAAGAGUACAUUCGCUGCUUUGAAGGAUGAGAUUGUUUCUGUUGAAAAUGAACUCUUAGAAUUGCAAGAAGUAGAAAAACAACAGAAAGCUGUUAUUGAAGUGUAUAAAACUCAGGUACAAAAGUUGCAAGAAGCAGCUGAAGUGGUAAAAAGCAAAUGUAAAAAUUUGCUAUGUGAAAAUAACUUAUUAACAAAAAACAAAAAUAAAAAAUUAGAGACAAUGAGAGGCCAGAUGGAGUCUCAUCUGAAGGAGUUAGAGCAUGUCCGCGAUUCCUUGACGGCUGCCGAACGGAGGCUUCAGGAGUGUCAGGAAAGUCUGCAGCGCUGCAAGGGGAAAUGUGCAGAACAGGCACAGACCAUUAGGGAGCUCCAGGGCCAGGUUGAUGGAAAUCACAAUCUUCUGGCAAAGCUUUCUCUGGAAGAGGAAAAUUAUCUUAUUCAGUUGAAAUGUGAAAACCUUAAGCAAAAAUUAGAACAGAUGGAGACAGAAAAUAAAGAGCUUGAAAAGAAGCUUGCAAACCAAGAAGAAUGUCUUACGCACAGCAAUCUUAAGUUUAAAGAGAAAUCUGCAGAAUAUACAGCCUUGGCCAGGCAACUGGAAGCUGCUUUAGAAGAAGGAAGACAAAAGGUUUCUGAAGAAAUAGAAAAAAUGUCAUCUAGAGAGAGGGCUUUACAAAUUAAAAUAUUAGAUCUGGAAACGGAGCUUAGAAAGAAAAAUGAAGAACAAAAUCAGCUUGUUUGCAAAAUGAACAGUAAAGCACAACAUCAGGAAGUGUGUUUGAAAGAAAUACAACAUAGUCUUGAGAAGUCGGAGAACCAAAAUGAGAGUAUUAAGAAUUAUUUACAGUUUCUUAAAACUUCUUAUGUAACAAUGUUUGGAUAAAUUGUCAAAUUUAUUUUCUAUAAGCAGUAGGUUUGUACUGUGAGUCUAAAAAACGAUUAGGUAAAAAAAUAAAUGAAUACACUACCGUUUGUUUUACCUUAUGAUUUAUGGGUGGUAGUGCUAGAAUUUUUAUAUAAAGAUUUUUGAAACAUAAUUUAUUAUCUAAUUGAAACUUUAAAACAAUAUAGCUGUUAGUAUUCCUUUUUCCUGGAUAAUUCUCAUUUUGCUCUGAUUUAAUUCUUUUUUAAGUUGGUUUUUAGAAUAUUCUUCUCCCACAUAGAGAAGUCAGAAUCAUUCUUUGUGAUGUCUGUAGCCACCAUUCAAGUGAAUUUGUAAUAAAUCUAGGCCAAAUACGAUUUUAAAUAAUGUAUGUAAUUGUUUUAUAUUGUAAUGUGUAUAAAUAUAAUAAAAAUAUUCCUGA